AUGGUGUCUCGGAAGUGGCGGAGAAAGGACACUGGUGGCUUGGUGGCGGCUCUUGGUCGUAAAGCGGCAGCGGAGAGGGUGGAGCUGAACGAUGACGACUUUGUGGUGGAUACGACGGGGAAGAUGGGUAAGAAGCAGCAGAAGGUGGUGCGUGUUAUCAAGCAGGCAGUACACUUGCGUCCGGAAGAGUUGGCUGAGGCACAGGCAGCAUUAAGGAGUAAGACGAAGCGUGGGGAACGGAAGCGAGUGGCCGCCCAGGCGUUCGAUAUAUGGGGCGAAGAGGUGGUGCGGAGCGGCAAACGUGCGGUACAGACCAAGGCUCGGCCGCGCGCUCCAGCAGUUGUGGUGCCCAAGGCGGGACAGUCUGCGAAUCCCGACAAAGGCGUAUGGGAAGAGUGUUUAUUCGAACAAGCUGCCAAAGCGCGUCUGUAUAUGGAAGAAGACGACGCCCUCUUUGAGGAACACGAUGCUCUAAAAGAUGAGACCAAGAGCGAGCGGUACGAAGACGAAACUAACUCAAAGGUCAAGCGGGAGCUCCUGGACGAGAUUCUGGAGGGUAUUGACGUUGAAGCCAUCGAAAAUAACGCGGUUGAAGGUAAUGAGGUUGAAAUUACUAAAGGCGCGGCUGCCGAAGACAACACAGACUACACCAAGCCAGCGCCAAAGCUAACGGGCUGGAAAGCCAUCAAGGCGGCGAAGAGGAAGCUGGUGGAACAGCAGAAGAAAAAGGUGGCCGAGUUGAAACACCACCGCGAAGAAAUGGCGAGGGAGUGGGCUCGGGUGGACGAGGCGAUGCAGGAAGUUGAGGAGGCGAACACGGUCGCCGAGAACUCGCGGCUAUAUAAGCAGCAAGUCGCCGCGCAAACUAAGGAACUUGCUGCCACUGGCCAGGCGCCCGUCUGGCGUCAGGGCAACCGAACCUUUAAAGAUAGCGGAGACGACGUGGCCCUACCAGAGGACCGCGCACGGCAGAGGAGCUCGCUACGACGGGUCAUUGCACCCGAGACUGGGAACGCCUUACGAGAACGAAUUGUGUCCAUGAUACGACGAGGAAUGAUCGAGCUACCCAGCAAUAAAAAAACUAUUCGGAGACGUAGCCGAAGAAGACUCGUAUGCCGGGUCCGUAUGCAGUGA